CGGAGCUGAAAUGGAAAUAAAUUGCCUACUCGCGUGGGUGAAUUAAUGUUACUUAUCAAUCACGUUUAGAGUGAAUUGAGCGCAAUUAAAAGAGAGAUGCGGACCCUUCCCCUCAUCUGCUCACUCGUUGUCGUUCUGUUUUCCUUUCUUUUUGAAAGUCCCGCCCCUUAUUGACAUCAGCACCAGCCCUCCACCUGCUCCGCGUUCCCGCCAUUGGUCAGACCGACGCAGAAUGGUCCGCCCCACUGGCAAAGCUUUUGAAUACAUUUACAAUGUAAAGAAACCAAGAAAAACCGGCUAAGCCUUGAUAUUCCGACACACGGCACAAGAGAAAGUGGGUGUGUGUGGGAGAAAAGGGGGGGGAGAGACGUCAGAAGCGCUCCGAAACACCGCCACAACGCACACGGACACACACGGAGUCGCAGACGCUGAGAAGCAGUUGGAGAGUGAACCUGGAGGUUCACGUCACCGUGAUUUGUGCACGGAAGAGGAAUAACUGAACGCAAAGACAGCAGAGCGGGGGAAUAUCAGCGACAGCAGCGAUGGCUCUGGCGACCGUGUGGAAGUGCUGCGUCCCUUUCGCCGUCAUCACAGUCGCCUGCCUGGUGCGCACCGCUCACUGUCAGGCGGUGCAGGCAGAGAACGUUACAGUCUUGGAGGGGGGUACAGCCCAGAUCUCCUGCCGUCUGCAGAACUACGAUGGAUCAAUCGUGGUUAUUCAGAAUCCCCGCCGACAGACCCUGUUCUUCAACGGCACCAGAGCUCUUAAGGAUGACCGCUUCCAGAUGGUACUCUUUACUCCACGGCUGGUGCGCAUCACCCUGACCAAUGUCAGUGUUAACGAUGAGGGCGGCUAUUUCUGCCAGCUUUACACGGAUGCCACGCACCACCAGGUGGCAACGCUGUCCGUACUGGUGCCCCCGGAGACGCCCACGGUGGAAGUGAAGCAGGACGCCGUGGAAGGCGGCGAGGCAGAGCUCAUCUGCAUGUUGCCACGCAGCAAGCCAGCAGCCACCCUGCGCUGGAUCCGUAAUGGCCGUGAGAUACCAGGCGUGGUGUCCCAACAGGACAACGGCAAGACGUUCAGCGUUUCUAGCACCAUCCGCAUUCCUGUCGAAAGGAAAGACAAUGGUGCAGCGCUGAGCUGUGAGGCCUACCACCCUGCUUUAGGUGGACAGAGGAAGGUUCGCCACUACCGCCUGGAUGUAUACUUUGCGCCCACAGUCAGGAUUAUUCCUCCAGCCGGAAUUUUGCGAGAGGGCGAUUCGCUCAGCCUCACCUGCUCUGUCAACGGAAACCCGCUACCCAGGAACAUUCAGUGGUCCAAGAUUAAUGACACCUUACCUGAAAGGGCUGAGAUUUCAGGGCCCACUUUCCAGAUUUCCCGCCUGAGCCAGACGUACAACGGGACGUACUUGUGCCAGGCUCAGAACAACUACGGACGGGCCGCCGAUCACUACACCCUCUUGGUGUAUGAUGUGUCUGUCAUCACAAUGGUCCUUCCCACCCCUACCUCCACAAAACCAAUCAUCCUGCUUUCCACCACCCCAACCCUAAUAACACCCAACCAUGGCUUGGAGCAUAAAGGUAACAUGCACCCACACACACACACACAUCUAGAAACAAAUAUGUUAACUUUUUUUUUUUUCUGCUACUGCCACCCUCCAUUGCUCUCCUUGUCCUUUCCUGUUCUCCUUCGGUGUCUUCCACCCCGUCGCUGUUGUGAUGAGCUGUGUUAA